CUGCAUCCGUCAGCCAUGAGCGGUGUUCCUUCCGAUGGCAGACCAAAAGCCAUCGUGCCGAAUCAGAUUGAACCUGUUAGCAGUACGGGGGCCGAUCCGGAAAAAAAUGGGGGGGUUGAUCGCAUCGUCCAUGAGCCUCCUAGAGAUGGUGUGAGUAUCUCAGACAAGGAUUCUACUGUGUUUCAGGGCGGCGUUCAGCGAGUGAGAGCCAUUACUUCGUUAUGGUCCAAGAAUACGAUGUGGCUUAUGUUCAUCUUACUUUACCUUGUCUCUUUCGUCGACAUGCUUUUAGUCUCCGUCCAAACUUCGCUCAAUCCAUACAUCACUUCGUCAUUCCAUAAGCAUGGGUUACUCACAGUGGUCAGCAUCAUGUCCACCAUUCUGGGCGGUUCCUCAAAACUCACUCUGGCCAAAAUAAUUGAUAUCUGGGGACGUGUGGAAGGCUUUCUUUUUAUGCUCCUAAUUGUCGUGAUAGGCCUAAUAAUGAAGGCGACCUGCAAAAAUAUCGAAACCUACGUGGCCGCACAUACACUAUAUUGGGUGGGACAUAUUGGUAUGAUGUAUGUAGUAGAUAUCAUGCUGGCAGACAUGACAACCCUCAAAAACCGAAUGAUUAUGCUCGGUAUCAACGGAACGCCCAGCAUCGCGAGCACGUUUGCUGGGCCCAGGAUCGCAAGUUUAUUCUACAACAAUCUCAACUUUCGUUGGGCUUUUGGCGCUUUCGCAAUUAUGACUGCUGGUACCUCUAUCCCUGUUGUGGGUGUUAUGCUACACAUGCAGCGGAGAGCCCAAAAGGUUGGUACUCUCGAGAAGAGGGUCUCGGAGAGGACUUGGUGGCAAUCUAUCAUCUACUAUUUCAUCGAAUUUGAUGUGGUUGGAAUUGUGUUGAUUACGGCGGUUUUUUCCUUGAUUCUUCUCCCCUUCAGCCUUGCCUCGUAUGCCCCUAAUGGAUGGGCAAGUGGGUAUAUCAUUGCGAUGGAAGUGCUCGGGGUGGUUUGCAUCCCUGCAUUCUAUGCAUGGGAGAGAUACCUUUCCCCCGUCCAAUUCCUCCCUUGGAAAUACUUAAAGGAACCCACGAUCAUUGGUUCCUGUCUUCUGUACUGCGUUAUGUUCAUCUCUUGCUUCACCUGGAACAGCUACUUCAGCUCCUACCUCCAAGUCGUCCACCGACUAGACAUAACAACAGCCAACUACGUCCUGAACGCCUUCUCCCUAACCUCCUACAUCUUCAGCCCAAUUUUCGGCCUUCUAAUCCGCUACACCGGUGAAUUCAAAUGGACCGUCUUCACCGGCAUCCCCAUCCUCCUCCUCGGCACUGCCCUCCUAAUCCCGUUUCGCCAACCCGACACCCACGUCGGCAUCCUAACCAUGACCCAAAUCCUCGUGGGUCUGGGCACAUGCAUAUUCACCGUCUGCGGCCAACUAGCCAUCAUGGCACCAGUAACACACCAAGAGAUCGCCGUCGUCGUCGCUAUCUGGGGAUUAUUCGGGUCGAUCGGUGCAGCCGUUGGAUCUGCCAUCGCCGGUGGAAUGUGGAAUAAUAUCCUGCCCGGUGAACUGUACAAAAGGCUCCCCGAGGAGACCAAGAAUAUCAGUGCCACUAUCUUCAGUGAUAUGGUCAUGCAGAUGUCGUAUGCGGAUGGGUCACCAGAGAGAGAAGCUAUUGUGGGUGCUUAUGCGGAUGUACAGAGGAAGAUGGUUAUUGCGGGUGUUUGUUUCGUUCCGCUUUGUAUUGGGUGUGUUUGGUUUUGGAAGGAUAUUAAUGUCAAGAAGUUGGACAGGGAGCAGACUAGGGGAAAUGUUUGGUAA